GCCCAUGGACGCCCCGCUGCGCUCGCCUAGCCCCGCGCAGCCACCACCUGCCCCGCGCCACCCGCCUCCCGGGCCUCCGCCAGGUCCUGACACGAGCGACGUCCUGCAGCAGAUCAUGGCCAUCACUGACCAGAGCCUGGACGAGGCGCAGGCCAGAAAGCAUGCUCUGAAUUGCCAUCGGAUGAAGCCUGCCCUCUUCAGUGUGCUCUGUGAGAUCAAGGAAAAGACAGUGGUAAGCAUCCGUGGCAUUCAGGAAGAGGAUCCCCCCGAUGCUCAGCUCAUGAGGCUGGAUAACAUGCUGCUGGCUGAGGGUGUGUCCAGACCGGAGAAGAGAGGAAGAGGAGGAUCAGCAGUGGCGGCCAGCACAGCAACACCAGGUGGCUGUCCAAAUGACAAUAACAUUGAGCACUCUGACUACAGGGCCAAGCUGUCCCAGAUCCGACAGAUUUACCACUCUGAGCUAGAGAAAUAUGAACAGGCCUGCCGUGAAUUCACUACACAUGUCACCAACCUUCUCCGGGAGCAGAGCAGGAUGAGGCCUGUGUCCCCCAAGGAGAUCGAGCACAUGGUUGGCGUCAUACAUGGCAAAUUCAGCGCCAUCCAGAUGCAACUGAAGCAGAGCACCUGUGAGGCCUUGAUGACCCUACGUUCACGGUUCCUUGAUGCCAGGCGUAAGCGGCGGAAUUUCAGCAAGCAGGCAACAGAAGUGCUGAAUGAAUAUUUUUAUUCCCAUUUGAGCAACCCUUACCCCAGUGAAGAAGCCAAAGAAGACCUAGCCAGGAAGGGUGGCAUCACAGUAUCCCAGGUCUCUAACUGGUUUGGCAACAAAAGAAUCCGAUAUAAAAAGAACAUGGGGAAAUUUCAAGAAGAGGCUACCAUUUACACGGGUAAAUCAGCUAUGGAUGCCACCAAGGCCAGGGCCCUGGAGAGCCAAGCCAGCUGCCUGUCAAUGCCUAGCCCCGGUUCCUCUGGUCCCUUCCCACUGACCAGUGCUGGGGAUACAUUCCUCACCCUGCGGACCCUGGCCUUUCUCCAGCCCCCUCCUGGGGGCAACUGCCUGCAGUCCCAGGCCAGGAGCAGCUGGCAGGGGGCCAUCCCCCCACAGUCGAUUGUCUCACCCACUGGAGACCCCAGCAGCACCAACUCAGAUGCCUCCAAUUAAGUUUUGGGGAUAUGCAGAAGGGUACCAGGUGAACCCCACGGGUGGCCAGCACUCAUUCUUCUGCACAUGCAGUUGAUUACCUCAGAAACUUGGGGCCCCAGGUGACAGUGCUCCCUGCUCCUGGGCCAUGCAGCCAAUGACCGACUCACUCGUCUGCUGGGACUUGAAAUGGGCUGAACGCUGCUCAUUUUCCCACCUCAGUUUGACUUUUUUAAAAAUAGUAAUGUUAUGUUAAGACUGUGAAUUGU